AUGGCUCUUUUCUGGAUACGUCUAAGCCUCUACAUCUUCCCCUUCCUCCGAACCGUAAUUGCCGCCAGCGGGAACUGCGACGUAGCACCAUUGUCGCUGCCGUGGAGCAAUGUUACUGUAUCUGCCAACGGCGUUGCUGUUGCGAGGGGCUUAGAACUUGGCAUCGGGUCUCCCAAUCAGAUCUUUUCUCUCCGACCCUCAACCACUCUCAAUAACACUCGUCUCUCGAACGUACUCGACUGCGGCUCGGAAGCGAAUACUUCAUGCGUUGGUGGAAAAGGCGGCGUGUACAAUAGCUCGAAGUCAUCGACCUGUUCAGUCUCGAUCAAAGAUCGAUGGAACGGCAGCGCAGCGGAUACUGAGACUGCCACUGGCUCUUACGUCUAUUUAAAUGACUUCAUUGAUUUUCAAUCCAAUGACAGUAUAUGGGGCUUUCCUUUAGUUGAAGAUUCUGACUUGGUAUCCGGGACUCAAUCUGGUCUCCCGCUCGGUCAGAACUCCUCUUUCCUGGCAGCUGUGACCGAAGCCAACGUGGCGCCAUCCAAAGCCUGGGGAUUAUGGGCAGGAGACCGGUCGCUAUCACCCAUCGACGGUGCUCUGACAAUUGGUGGAUACGAUCCUGGAAGAGUUGCUGGAAAUUUCGCCACGUUCCCUCUAGGAACUUGGACACUUCAGCAACCCUGUCCACUCCAGGUCACUGUCAUUAGUAUCAUGUAUAACCAACCAAAUGAAAGUUUUGAAUUGCUUUCGUCCGAGAACAUGGUUGCCUGCAUCGAACCUUUUCAGGACCGCUUCACCUUCACACCGGAUGUGGUUAACAAAUUCGCAAAUGUCACCAGCUAUGAUUCCUCCUACCGUGGCCUAACCUAUCCCGUAGCCCAGGCGCCGGACGGUAAUAUGACAAUAACACUUGAGAACAACUACACAACUGUCAUUUCAAAUUCCAAGUUCGUCGCUUUAGAGAGAGGGUCGGAUCAAUUCGGACAUUUUCAGAUCACAAACUCAUCAGUCGUGGAGACAGAAAUCGUGUACAACGCCCAGAGUGACCCUUCAACCGUCCAGCCAAUCCUAGGUGGCAUAUUUCUAACAUUCAACUAUUUAGUCGUCGAUUAUGAGAGCGGCCACUUUCAAUUAGCACCCGCCGUGCAAGGAAACCAGCAUACUGGCUCACAAGCAGUUAGGGCGAUUUGCACACCAACACCAACAAGCAACCCUAGUUCUAGCAGCUCCCCUCCUCUAAGUUCCCAGAACAAACCUAGGAAGACUGGCAUUAUCGUCGGUGGGACGGUCGGGGGGGUAGCAGGGCUGGCCAUCAUGGGAGUGCUUGUGCUUCUAUUCCGUCGUCAUCGUCAGCAACGGAGGGUCCAGGAAUUAAGGAUAGAACCAAGCGAUAGAGGGGCUCAGCUGUCGCCUAAUGUCCUAUCAGUUACCUCUUCCGAGGAAGCGGCGCACUCAUCGCCAUCAGAGCUGCCUCUGGUAUGA